CUUAACCAAGCUGUAUAUCUUGCAUAUACACAGAAUAUAGUUAUUGUGCAGCAUCCUGGCGGUAAGCCAUUUGUUAUUUGUGUAUAUAAUCACCACUGUGUAAAUAUGCUUUACAAUAAUGGGGGAAUUAACCCAAAUAGCAGCAUUCUAGCAAUGUCCCUUACGCGUACAGUUGUGGAAGUGGAAAUGUCGACCUACAAGCAGGGUCGUAUAAAUGAUCCCGUUAAUGCCGUUCAGAUAUUACAACGAUUUAAAGAGCAGAAUCAACAUAUGUGGAAAACGCUAAGUACGUUGAAGACGGAACGCGAUUAUGAAUGGACCAAAAGCGAAAGAACAGCUGCUGAUCGACCUAUCACUGACAUUGUGGAGAUUGGUAUCUCUGCACCCUUUCUUGCCACUGACUGUGUUGGUGGGCUAUUCCGUGAACUGAAGAGGCACUCCUCUGCUGGUUCUAUCAAGGUUUUUGUCGCUGUUGAUGAUGCCAAUUCGUUAUGGGGAAAAACACUGGUUAAGAAGGCGGACAGAACAUAUGAGAAUGGAUGUAUAUUGUUGGUGGCUGAUAAGAAAGAAGUUUCGGAUGCAAGAGAUGAAGUUACUGUACCACGGCACACGCCACUGGAAUUAUUUGGUGAAGAAGGCUUCUACUUCAUCGAGCCGUUUCUGCCGAUCGAAGUAAAACAGUACAGUAUGGAGGAGAUAAACAACAUGUACCAGUAUUACCACGAUAAGAGGUGGCUCGCCAGCGAGAAAGGUAGUUGUUGUCGAGUAGUUCAAAAAAGUUUAUCUAAUGCUUUAUUGCCUAAAAAAACGGCUCGUGUUGUCUCGACGGUCGCUGUUUUCAAACAAGGGAAAUUGUAG